UUAACUGCGAAAGUGCCCUGUGGUCUCGAACCGGAUAGGAGCCGUCAGGCAUAAAUAUCCACUGCAACUGCAUUCUUUCAGGUGUCCCACCACACAUAACAGCGCACAAUAAUUUAGGCAAACCUAGAAAUAUCUCUCACGCCGAUUUUUAGCCUUUGUGCCCAAUCCCCGAAACUUCCUCCUAUUUCUAUUUUCCAACCUCGAUCUUCAACAAUUCUUUCAACGCCGCUUUUCGCAACCGACCACUGCUUCUUACUUGUCGCACGACUAUUCUAAGUCAACCAACCUACAUUCUAACAACGUCAAUCUAAUCACGAUGCCUGCCCGAAAACAGUGGGAUGAAGAGGAGGAGUCCGACUCUAGCACCACCCCUCCCUCUUCCCCACCUCCAGGUGUUGGUGCCAUUCGUCGCAACAAGUUCGAAGACGAAGAGGGCGACGAUAGCGAUGUUCUCGAGUCUUGGGAUGCUGCUGAAGAUUCCGAAGUAGAACGCGAGAAAGCUAAGAAGGCUGCCGAGGUCAAGGCCAAGGCCGAUGCUGAAGCUGCCGCCAGCAAGAAGUCCAAGGCUCAACGUAUCGCCGAAAAGAAGGCCGAACGAGCUCGCCAGUUAGCCGAGUCUGACGAAGAGUCCGAGGAAGAUGAGGCCCAACGUCGCGAGCGAAUCCGCCGUACCGAACAGGAGUCCGACUUGAAGCACGCCGAGGAUCUGUUCGGUGAUGCUGGUAUCAGCCUGAGCAGUGGACGCAAGGCUACCACCGUUGGUGCUGCCGUGCCUAUCGAUGCUAAGGACCCGACCAAGACCGUUGACCUGAGUUCGCUACCCCUGUUCAACCCACAGACUAAACUUCAGUUCGAGAAUCUUCGCAAUACUAUUGUUCCGAUCAUCGGCGGCAACCACAAGAAGGCUCACUACUCUCUGUUCCUCCAGGAAUUCGCUAAGCAGCUCGCCAAAGACCUACCCAGUGAUCAGAUCAAGAAGAUCUCCAGCACUCUCACGGCCCUUGGCAAUGAAAAGAUGAAGGAAGAGAAAGCGGCUGAGAAGGGUGGCAAGAAGACGAAGGCACAGAAGACCAAGACUACAUUGGUGGCUAGCCGAGCUAACACAACUGAUACUGCUACCUACGAUGACGAUUUCGGAGAUGACGAUUUUAUGUGAAAGGCGCCGAGGGCAUCCAAAUCCCUUCAUGGCCAUCACGGCACCUUCAUACAAGCCAUCCAACUCCCGACAAUUCUUGCCAUUAUGGUGGACUUUCUAGAGCUAUACCCACGACUUGCAACAUUUGGCACUUGGCACCCCUAGAUCACGCUACAGGUGCCAAACACUCUACUCCCUCUGGAGUCGACCACAGGUGUGGAUGGACGAUAAACUGGAACAAUGAUGACGGACAGGCGGUAAUUACUACGGGGCUACAGCCACAAUGGCAUCGGUCAGGCUUUACCUCCUGGCUGGAGAACCAGCAGGGGGUUCUAUCUGGCAUUCGCACUUGCAUCCCACUAAUAACUUGCAACGAUAGAGCCGAGCCGUGGCCAGGCUAGGCUUGGCUGUGGGCUCUGAUGACGGUGAUGAUAGUACGAAUGAUGCUAGAUAUGCACACUAUUGGCUUGGUUGGUCAAGUUGCUUGGGACGGUGCGACUUUGAGAAUGUAGACAGAUAAGAAUGCACUUUGCGAAUUACUUUAAAACGGGUUGUAGUGUAAAAGUUUAAACGGUGCGAUACUUUUCUCCCUACUUAGGUUUAUCUUCGAAAUAUCCC